AUGGCUGCUGAUGUCCUGUCGCCCCGGAGCGAGCCAGGCUCCCUUACCUCGCCCAACGCAAAUCGAACGUCUCUCCCUCCACUCGUCACAUCCCCGCCGUCAAAAGCGAAGCUUGAGCGGGCGAGCUCGUAUGCCAGCAAGCGCCUCUCCACCUUCUCCAAUGCCUCGGCUUCCCAGUCUGUGCACACGCGGUCACGGCCACAGUCUACGGCAUUCCCCAUCUUCCACUCGAGCCUACCCUACAGCCUGGUGAGGGACUUCGCAUAUGGGCCGCUGCAUCCUCUCUUCUACGGACCACUCCCGGAACACCCCUCCGACAUCUCCACACCCGCUAGCGAAGUCAGCCGGAGGCUUUCAGACCCGCCGGCGGUUGCAUGGCACGACGACCAUGGCUGGUCUGCCGGCACUGGAUCAUGGGACACAGGAGACGGAGAGCAGCUGCCAAUGACUGCGUAUGAGGGAGGCCCACCUUACGAAGAGGACGAAGAGAUUUCCAGUCCCGUAGUGACCAGCCACACGCGACACAAGAAGCACAAAUCCAACAUUGUCAACUUCGACCAGACCCGAGGCCGGAGAGGCUUCCCGGGAGAGCGGGGUUCCUAUGCGGGCGCGAAUGGCGACGGAAAUCAUGUCUACUAUGUCAACGACAUUCAGGACACCACUGCACCAGGUGGAGAGUACAUCACAUACCCACCAGAGCAGUCCUCAUCUCUGGAAGUCCCAACUGGCGCAUCGCGGCGCGACUCCCAUUUCGCGACAACCCUGCCACGGCGCGCUUAUACCAAUGAUGAGGGCCCACCGUACGACUCUGACGAAGACAUGUCCGAGAACGAGAACUUCCUCAAUGAAGACAGUCGUUUCUCGCGAGACUACCAAUUCACGAUUGUCUCUCCCGACGAGGAGAUGCACGGAAAAGCCGUGGCUCUAUUUGACUUUGAGCGUGAAAACGACAAUGAGCUGCCGCUUGUCGAGGGACAAAUCAUACUGGUUUCAUAUCGACACGGCCAAGGAUGGCUCGUGGCCCAGGAUCCAAAGACUGGCGAGAGUGGUUUAGUACCAGAGGAAUACGUCCGACUGCUCCGCGAUAUCGAAGGAGGCUGGAAUGGACUAAUGAACGGAACUACGUUGCAACAAGAGCCCGCCAGCCUGGAAGGGCUGCUGUCUCCAGUAUCAGCGGGCCCAGAGGCCAAGACUCCCACACAAGCAGAGCAUGUAGCGUACACGCCGGUCAUCUCAACGUUCUCAACCAGCACCAAGGACCUCGAACCGUAUCCCAAAGAGAUGCUUGGUACACCCACAGCGGCUCACGGCAACUUCCCGAAAGCCAAGGACGGCGAGAAGACCGAGGGCCCAAUGGAGGGUGUAGAGGCAAGCCCUGAGCCCGGCAGCCGGCCGCAGAGCCAGGGAACGAAGCCUUGA